AUGACCAUAGUUGUUCAUCACCUAAACGAUUCACGCUCCCAGCGCGUCCUAUGGUUGCUUGAGGAAUUGGGGUUGCCGUACGAAAUUAAGAAAUACCAGAGGACGAAGCAGAGACUAGCACCUCCCGAACUACUAGCCAUCAACCCCCUCGGGAAGUCACCCGUCAUCACCGAUGGCGAUGUCACCUUGGCGGAGAGCGGCGCCAUUGUUGAGUAUCUGAUAGGGCGGUAUGGGAACGGUAAAGGGCAGCCUAACGAAGCCGGUAAAGUAGACAAUCUUUACUUUACGCACUAUGCGGAGGGAUCCCUAAUGCCUAUCCUCGUACAGAGCAUCAUCAACAAGGCCGUCCGUAGCCAGUCCCCCUUCCUACUGCGGCCGAUUGUCAACCUCAUCUUCAAUCAAUUGGAUACUAUGGUGAAUAGCAACAUGAAGAAGCACCUCGACAUGAUUGAGUCUCAUCUCGCGAAGUCUGGCAAUUUCUUUGCCGGCGAUACUGAGCCCACCUCCGCUGAUUAUUUGAUGGCCUUCCCGCUGGAAGCUCUCGCUGCCUCCGCGCCGGAGAUUCUAGGGCCAAAGAGUAAGGAAUACGUGCAGAGGAUCCACGCAAGGCCUGCCUAUGCGAAGGCGCUCGAGCGCGGGGGAGAAUAUGCAUACGCCAAGCUCUAA